AUCAAUGUCUUAUUUAUAUAAUUUUUCAACAAUGAUAUUAUUAAAAAAUAUUUAAUUAAUUACAAUAAACGGGGAUUAGAUUAGAUAAUGUGUCUAAAUUAUUGUCAACAAACCGGCACAAUAAUAAAAACCAACACAAAAAUAAUUAUAUACGCAUUAAAAUUGUAAAUUAAAUUUUAUAAAUUGACAUUAAUUAAAUAUUUAUUGAUCGAAAGAUUAAUAAAAAAAAAAACUUUAUUCAUGUUAAGAUUAUUAAAUUAUUGUGAAUACAAGUGUCACGGGGUGUUAUCAAUUAAACAAAUAAAAAAAAAAAUUUUUAUUACACAACAAAUAAGCCCCACUCUAACCUCGAAAUUAAAUGAUAACAAUUACAGAUAUUUAUCAACAACAAGAGCAAUAAGUAACAGUUAUUUUUAUGAAGAUAAACAAAAUCAAAGAUUUCCAAAACAUUCACAAAUUGUCAUUGCUGGUGCUGGAAUAUUAGCAAAUUCAGUUGCUUAUCAUCUUGUUAUAAAUGGCUGGAAUGAUGUUUUGGUUUUGGAACAAAAUGGAAUUGGAAGUGGUACAUCAAAUUUUGGUUCUGGUACACUGGGUCUAUUUAAACCAGUGGCUCAUCGUAAAAUGAUAUCCUACAGUUUGGAACUGUACAAACAACUCCAAGCUGAUGGACAUGAUAUUGGAUUUAAACAAUGUGGAAGUAUUAAUUUGGCACAAACUAAAGAUCGUGUUAUAGCUCUUCAAAGACGUGUGGCAUAUAAUAAAGCAGCUGGUCUUCAUUGUGAAUUACUUGAAAAGAAAAAACUUAAAAAUUUAUAUCCAAAUAUUUAUACUGAUGAUAUUGAAGGUGCUGUAUGGGUGCCUGAUGAUGCUAUUGUUAAUCCAAAGCUAGUAUGUAUGACACUGGCACAUAUUGCUAAAAAAGGUGGUGUUACUUAUAUUGAAAAUUGUCAUAUUAAAAGAGUAAACACAAAUCCACAUGAUAAAAGUGUUAAAAGUAUUGUUACUAAUCUUGGCAAUGUAACAUGUGAAUAUUUUGUUAAUUGUGCUGGUAUGUGGGCUAGAGAUUUAGGAUUAAAAUGUCAUCCACAAGUUAACAUACCCGCAUAUCCAGCACAACAUUUUUAUGCAAUAACAAGCUCAUUACCAGAAUGUUUAAGUAGCAAUUUACCAAUUGUACGUGAUUAUGAUGCACAUUCGUAUGUACGUGAAUGGUCUGGUGAAUUAAUGGCUGGAUGGUUUGAGCUAGAAGCUAAACCAGCUUUUGAAAAUUUUAAUAUACCACAUGGUGAUUGGGCAAGACAUUUGAUGGUUGAAAAAAGUCAUUGGAUACCAUUGUGGAAUAAAAUAAAACAUAGAUUUCCAAUAUUACAUGAAUUAAGUGAACCAACUGUUAUUAAUUGUCCAGAUAAUUUUACACCAGAUGGUCGUUGGAUUCUUGGUGAAGCAGCUGAGGUUAAAAAUUAUUUUGUUGCUGUUGGAAUGAAUGGAAAUUCAGUUCAAGGUGCUGGUGGAAUUGGUAAAGCUGUUGCUGAAUGGUUAAUAAAUGGUGAAUCAACACAAGAAUUAUUACCAUUUAACAUACAACGUUUUCUUGAAUUACAUAAUAAUAAAAAUUAUCUUCAACAAAGAAUAAAAGAAGUUGUUGGUCGUAAUUAUGGUAUACUUUAUCCUCAUCAAUGUGAAUAUAAAUAUGCAAGAAAAUUACGUUGUUCACCAUUAUAUUCUGUACUUGAAAAUCAUGGUGCUGUAUUUGGAAUUAAAAUGGCAUAUGAAAGACCAUUAUAUUUUGAUUCAACAUAUAAAAUUGGAAAAAAAAAACCAAUAAUGCCAGCUGGUAGUUAUUACAAGCCAAAAUUUUUUGAUUUUAUGAAAGAAGAAUUUCAAGCAUGUCGUGAAGGUGUUGGAAUAAUUGACAUGAGUUCAUUUUGUAAAAUUGAAAUUAAAUCUAAAAAUACUGAAGUUGUUGAUUAUCUUCAAAAAUUAUCAUCAAAUGAUGUUAAUAUACCAAUUGGUAGUAUAACACAUACAGGAAUGCAAAAUGAACAUGGUGGCUAUGAGAAUGAUUGUAUGCUUGUUAGAAAAAGUGAAAAUUCAUAUUUCAUGGUAUCACCGACAUUGCAGCAAACAAGAAUAUAUCAAUGGAUGUCAAAACAUUUACCAAAUGAUCAUUCAAUAUGGCUAACUGAUUUAACAUCAUAUUAUACUGUUAUUAAUGUAGUUGGACCAAAAGGACCAGCAUUAUUAUCAGAGUUAACAAAUUCAGAUAUUAAUUUACAACCAUUUUCAUAUAAAAUUAUGAAUAUUGCAUAUGCAUCUGAUGUUAUGGUAAUGUCAUUUACACAUACUGGUGAACCUGGUUAUUGUCUUUAUAUACCAACAGAAUAUGCACUACAUGUUUAUUCAAAACUCAUUGAUAUUGGACGUGAUUAUGGUGUCAGAGAUGUUGGUAUUUUGACACAAAGAUUCAUGAGAAUUGAACGUUUUAUACCAUUUUGGGCUGAAGAAUUGACACCAUUUGUAACACCAUUUGAAACUGGUUUUGGUCACAGUGUUGAUUUACAAAAAUCAUUUUUUAUUGGUAAAAAUUCAUUGGUUAAACAAAAAUUAAAUGGAGUUAAUAAGAGGCUUGUGUUAUUCAUUUUAAAUGAUCUUGAUGUUAAUAAAGAUGUAUGGGCAUGGGGAGGUGAACCUGUUUAUAGAAAUAAUGAAUUUGUUGGUACAUUAACAUCAUGUGGAUAUGGUUUUACUGUUGAUAAACUUGUUGGUCUUGGUUUUAUAAGUAGACCUGAAACUAAAAAUCAUAAAUACUCAAUGAAAAUUAAAGUUACAACUGAUUAUAUUAUGGAUCCAAGUGCAGUGUAUCAUAUUGAUAUUGCUGGAAGAUUAUUUCCAGCUAAACCACAUGUUUUGGCACCAACUGCAUUGGUUGUUAAAAAUAAAAAAUAUACACCGACACCAGUUAAUUUUAUCAUUUAAUUGAUAUUUACUUUUUUAAUAUUUUUUUCUUUAAAUAAUUACUAGUCAUUUGUAAUUUAAUUUUUAUAUUCUAUAUUAAAACAUUCAUUUUUCUUUUUUGAUAUUUAUUUUCAUAAUUAAUUCAUUCGUUUUUCUAUUAUUUUUUUUUUUCGUACUUAAUAUUGUUGAUUUAUAUUUUUGGAGUAAUAAAAAUUUAAUAUUAUAAUAAUCAAUGUAUUUUAUAUUUAAAAUUUAUUUAUUUUUUUUAAUUUCAGUUUGUAUUUUAUUUGAAGUCAACUUGAUUUUGAAAUAUUAUUUUCUGUUUUUUUUUAAACGAAAGAUAAACCAAUUGACAAAUAUUUUUUAAAUUGAUUUGGCUUAAUGAGUUUAUUUUUUUGUAAAAAAUAAUCUAAAAUCAGAGGCAGAUAUUAUUUUUAUAUUUUUCAUCAAAAGCUGAGACAAGUGAACUGAAUAUAUAUGAUACUGCUGAUGAAUUUAUUUUUUAAUCGAGCGUUUGAUGCCAUUUUUAUUUUUAUUGAGGUCAUUAGUAGCAGCAUUUGCUUGAGUUUGCUAACGUGAACAACCAUUUCAUCAAAAUAAAAUUAAAAAAAUUGAGAUAUUGAACACUAAACAACUGGACACAUUAGACAUCACCAUGAAGGCUUUUUAUUUUCUUAAAUUGGGCUUGUUAUUAAUACAAUUAAAUUACGUAACACCUGAAUAUACACGUGAGAAAUUUCCAGAGUUGGAUAAAUUUACAAUAAUAAAAAUAUCAUCAGAAGAACGUAAUUACAAAAUGCAAAAAUGCACUUUUAUCAUAGAAGAUGAUCAAGGCCAUUCUACGUCUUUCAAACUAUAUGAUGCUGAUAGAAAUAUCAUUACAGAAAAUUGGCUAGUGUAUACUGGUGACAAUGGUAAAAGUUGUUCAUUUGUUAUAAUACCAGAAAAGAUGACAAACAUUUUUCAAAAAAAAUUUUUAUAUCAAAAAUGGUUUAUUGAAGAAAUAUCUGCUGACUGUGUUUUCACGAUUCCAUCUAUCACUGGAACAUCUUGUACAAAAAUACAAUCUAUCAAAUCAUAUGAAACACAAAAUCCAAUAUAUUAAAUCAGUGUAAAAAUUAUUUUAAAAAUUAAUAUUGUAAAUCUAAAAUCAAUAAAAAGACCUUAAUUAUGAUUUUA